GCGAUUGGCGUCGGUCACAGCCUCUGCUGCCUCCAUCUAGUCGCCGCGGUCGGGUCCGCUUGUGUGCGUGUUUGUGGUGUGUGCGCGCGUGUGUGAGCCAUGUCGCAGACGGAGAUUAUGUCCCAGGAGGUCUUCCAACGCGCCGUCAAGAAGGGCGACGCCAGUGAACUGAAGCGGCUGUUGCAGCGCUGGGAGGGCUCGCUCAACGUCAACUUCUACGACCACGAGGGCCAGACGGCCCUCCACAAGAGUGUGAUGGAGGGCAACCUCGAACUCGUCAAGCUGCUCGUCAAGUUCGGCGCCGACACGCGGCUGGCCAACAGGGACGGCUGGUCGGCGAUCCACAUCGCCGCCUAUGGUGGACACCAGGACAUCGCGCUCUAUCUCAUCUCUAACAGCGAACCUCGUCGAUAGAGUGCGGUGCUGGGACAGUGCGCUGGACCAAUCAAAUCUCAGGAACAGACUCCCGACGACGCCUUUUCUCAGCCCGCCGGCGUGCUCGCGCCGUGCGCAAGACCCGGACUCCGGCGCAGGCAAGGUACCAACCACACCGAACCAAAGCAUGCCACGAUGAACCACCUCUGCAUCGUGGCACGUUUUGCAGAGCAAAAGUCUCGUGGCAGUCUGUACAUACGCGAAUGUUUUUGUGUAUGGCUACAUUUCCAAAGGCUGUAGCGAACAAGUUCCUUCUUCAUAUUGACUAGUAAUGUCGCCUUAGUUAUGUCACUAAAUAGUGUUGCCUUGUUUUUUCCUCCGUUUUUCUCUCCACGAGACAAUCCCCGCAGCAGUAGGCGCAGGCCAAGCGUGCGCGCGACCGCCGCCUCUCCGCUCCAGACCUGUCUAAUCUCAUUCCCAGCAUAGCGAUGCUAUCGGUGGAUCUUCCGUAGGCCCUCCCCAUGCUCGCAUUUUGCUCCUCUCGCAGCACCGGGCCCAUUGUAAGCAAUGCUGGCUGAGAAGCGAAAACCGGACUAGACCGGGCCGCGCGAGAAACUCUCCUCCUCUGCGAGACGCGCGCGCUGCACUGCUCACCUCAGGGCCACCUUUUUGCAUCCCGUAAGGUGUCGCGCCUCGCUUGGCUGCUCGUGCUUGGCGCGAAAAAAACAAAAACACUCUGCCCGAUGAAGGCGCCGGCUCCCGGUCAGCACCUUCAUCUGCGGUAAGAGUAUCAUUCACCCGAAGAUUUGGCACCCGGCUCGUUGCAAGUAAUGUCUGUACCACGAAAAUUUCGGUGCCUUGCAUGUGCGUCGAAGGAAUGUGAUCUGAUGGAAUUUUCAAGAAAUGUGAUGGCCGGGAUCACUUUAGAAUUUUUUUCAGAAAAAUCUUCCAGACCGCUGUCCACUGCGCCUUCGGUGAAAUUAUUGGUUUCCUGUGGAGUCUGGAUAAUUUUAUGAACAGCUCGAACCAUGAGUGGCGCCAGCAAGCCUGCUUUGCUAUAUAACAAGGCCGGUUUGCUUGCGGCUGCCUGGAUGCGCGAUCAGGGAACGUUGGGGCUCUGUUCACUGGGAAACAGAACAGGAGUCGACUUUUCCAGUGCUUAUUGUGGUCCGUUUGGUAGGUUCAGCGUCUUAAAAGCGUCAGUGACCACCUGUAGUCCAUCCUCUCAAGCUUCUUACUGUUUAGUAUAUAGUCGAGAUUUAUCUUUACAACUGUCAUUUCAAUAAUUGAGAAUGCAGCAGCCUAUGCUGACGCUUGAUAGCGAUACGUCGCAUUUACUAUCUGUAGUCAUUUGUGUCUCUUACACGUUGCCAAAAACAUCGCGGUUCCCGUUUUCCAGGCAUCGCGUACUUUUUCCUUAAUAUUUUCCGGUGUUGUGUGCUGUCCACUCAAUCCACGGCUGGUUGUUCUGUGCUCCUGGCGCACAGCGAAAGAAGCCGCUUGUUGAGCGCUACGUGUGCUUUGUCGUUGCAACCAUUUGACGUAGUUGCGUACUAGCUACAACAGCCGCACGGGACUGCGGGGAUGCGUGCGAAGAAAGCAGCACCACGUUUUCCGUCGCGAUGGGAGCGUCUAGCCUUGUACACCACCACCCGCAGGGCUUUCCUGUUUGCCCUGGGCACGGACACAACCGAGCCAAUGCCUGACGCUUUCUUUUCUGCUUGUGUUUCUGUCUUUUACCCGCGUCUUUUAUUAUCAUCGUCUCUUUUGGCGUGUGCGCGGCGGGAAAGCGAUUUGGCGCGUCAUUAGCGAGCGCCCACACGGCUCCGGCAGACCGGCCGGUGCCCGUUUUCUCUUCUUUCUCACGGCCUCUCUCGAUGUCCUCGUUCCGAAAGAAAUGCGCCCGCCGCGGCAGCCGUUGUCUCGUCUAUCAGUACGUACGUGCGAGCGUUCUCUCUCUGUGUCUCUCACUCGGGCCGAUAUCCUUCCCUUCGUGCAAUCCAUCGUCGCGCGGAAGACUUUAAUACGAGAUGGCAAUCGUCGAGUUGCGCCUUGACGGGCUGUUGCACCUAAGUUUGCCCUUCCUUCCGAUUCCGCCACUCCAAGGACGCCGGUGCUAUUCGCGUGCACAAUGGGUCGUGGCUGCUCCUCGAACGCAUGCAGCGUCGCUGUCAGGAACUCGGUUCUCAGUAGCGACGUGGUCGGGAUUGCGGGCUCGUAGCUCUCGAUCUCUGUCGCUGUCACGAGACCCGUCAGUGCCCAAGAAGGUGGGAUGCUAAAGAGCAGCUGAGAGGAGAUACCAUGUAGCCCCGGAAUCGAGGAGGCCGUUUCUGUAUUGUGCGCGGCUUAUGCGUCUGCUCAACAAUCUCUUACGCCUCUCUUCUACCCAAAGAAACAAAUGAAUACCUCAUCCGCCCCAGAUUUUUUUUUUUUUGUUUUUUGGACGCGAAGCAGUUCUUCGUGGCUGGAUCCCCGGUCCCUUGUUCUGUGUAACCACUGCGGUCGUGAUAGACGGCGAGAAAAAAAAAUAGAUGUCCCCAAGUUCCUGCCAAAGUAUUUCCGAUCACAGUGCGUGAUUUGCCAGCUCUAGGUAGUGUGCUCGGUGUUCCCACUGAGAACGAGCUUGAAAAGGUCUUUCGCGUGAGUUUAUGGAACAUGGGCUGUCACAUCGAUAAUGUCUGCCUUUGUGUUUUCGUUGUUGUUGUUGUUGUUUUGUCUGUACUUGUGUACGUUGGCUUCAACGACAAAAGAAGUGUAGUACAUACUCCUUACUAUUCAUACUGAAUAUUGUUAACCAAGAAUGUCACUUUUGAGUGUGCAAACUGUGAAAAGGCAAGAGAAAAAAAAAAGCGAGCGCGUGCUCAUGUUGUCCAGUAUUUGUACUUUUAUUAUGACUCCUAGGCAAUGUCAGAUUUCUGUGCAGCAUCCUUGUCUAUUCUGUCCACGCUAAACGUGGCGUGUAUGUAUGUGUGUACAAACAGAAUGAAUGACUGUGCAACACGUUGUUUGAUUAAAAUGUUUAUUGUUUGCUGAAA